AAAAGUACUACCUUCCCUCUUAUUCAUAAUUUCCUUUUUUCUCCUUUCAUGAAAGUAGUCCCUCCGAUGAAUGAAACGAAAGAGAGACACUUUCUUUCAGUCAAUUUUCUACUGACUGAGCACGUUAAUUGCUUCUGUUUAUUUGUUUUUAAUAGAUUAUUUAAUGAUGAUUUUUGAUUAUUGCGUAACAAAUUCACCGAUAUUUAAACAACUAUUUAUUUUCUAUACGCAUUUAACUAAUCAAAACAGCUAAGUUUCCCGCGCCACAUCUGUUUCUAUGGUUACUAUGAAAUUGAUCUUCAUAUAUAGUGUACCGAGUCAAUAAAAACGCACGACGUCUUCGUAUUAGCAACCAUAAAUUCAUCUACAGCGCGUUGAAAUAAAUAUGCUUGUUGCCGAAGAUAUUAAUAUAAACGAAGCUGCAUUUUUUGGUGAUAUUGAAGAAUUAACAUCAGCCCUUGAGAAUGGUCAGGAUCCUUUGGAAUUAGACGACAACGGAAGCAAUGCAGUACAUAAGGCAGCUGCAAAUGGUCGAAUAGCAGUUCUGGAGAUAUUAUUAAAAGAUAAAUCUGGUAUAAACAGAGCGGACGUUACUGGCUGCACAGCAGUUCAUCUGGCAGCCAAAAAUGGACACCUGGGUAACAUUAUUCAUUAAAUAACUAAUUAAAUAUUAACCCUUGUUAAUUUUUUUAUUAUUUUUAUUAUGUUAUACUCUGCUUUCUGUUUAAAUAAUUACGGUUUUAAUAACUUUUAUAGGCCCAUAAAGAUCAAAAAUCGUUACAUUUCCUCUUUAUUUUAGCUACAGUAAAGUGGCUGGUAAACAAUGGUGGAGAUAUCAAGGCGACAACUAAAAAGGGUAGGAUUGCACUAGAUUUUGCCAAAUCAACUGGAGAUUAUGAUCUAAUUAGUUUUCUAAGAAAUUGCGAGAACAUCAAGACAAACUGGCAAGCAUGUAAAUAACUAUUCAUCAAAUACACCUGCAGUGUAUAUACAGUAUAUAAAUCCUAAAUAAACUAAUGGAUUUGUUGUUUUAUCUUUAUUUUUUAAUAGAAAAAUAACGAUACAACGAAGAACGUGUCAUUGUUGUCGUAACUUUCAUUAAAAACUAUGUGAAUCAUUUUGUAUAUAGGUUGUAUGCAGAUAUAUUAUAUUGCAAAAGUUACAGUUUAAUAAACAGCUAAUAAAAAUAAAUCAGUGAAAUUGGGAAAUCGAAGUAGAGAGGAUGAAAGGG